AAAAACAAUUAAUCAUCUAAUUAGAGAGCUCUAGGGAGAAUGAUAUAAAUUACGGGAUUUAAUGAUGACGGCGGUGGUUCUCGUCGGAGGUGUUCGACGAUGACGGUGAGAGGGUUUAGCUUCAAGUCAGAGAUCGGCGUUGACGGUGGCCGGUAACUCUGAAGAGAGUUGUACUGUGAGUGAGGGCUGAAACAAAGUGAAAAACGUGAGGGUGUACGGGGUUAAAGGCUAUUCUCGUUCUGGCUGCCUGCUUGCCCAGAUUUAGGCCCAAGUGUCAUCCUACCUUCGGCGCCUUUCCUUUCUCACGGUCGCAUCUGUGGUCUUAGAACGCCCACACUCUCUCUCUCUAUUCCCCUAAUCCUUUCCGCUGAAGUCCCCUAAUUUCAUGGAGUAUUUUUAGAAGAAUAUUAUAAAAGGUAUAUAUAUAUAUCACACUGUUACUUCUUUCAAAAUUUUGCUCAAUAUGGCGAUGCCCAGAUGGCGCAACGUCUUGCUUUUGAAGAAUUCAUUGAUUUCAUCAUCAUCACCGUCAUCUACGAUAACCUAUCGGGCCUCGUUCCAUUCUACUCCAGUUUCAUGUGAAAAAUGGAAGAACAAAUGGAAUUCCCAUGAUGUAGAAGGAGGUCAACAACCAUCAAAGAAUUAUAUCAGAUAUGCAACACGUCAAAAGCGAGCUGAUGCUAAGAAAGCAUUGAAAGAUCUUCUGAACAAAAGCGGGGCCUCUAAAUUUUCAUUUCAGGAUGAUGACCCAAUGUGGAGACCUGGUGCACAAGUAGAUAAAUCAGAUAACUCUCGAAAGAAACAUAAGCCAAAGUAUUCAGCUAAGCAUUCUUAUAAAGCUCAACAGAAGAAAACUAAAGGUAAAUUUAGAGGAGAGGGUUUCCAUGAGAAUUUCAAUGAGCACGAGACAGUUUUUCGGGCAACUUUUGGAAACAGAUGGUAUACUUGGUCUUUUAAUUUAAGAAAUGAGUCUUUCUUCAGAGAUUCAGCAUCUGAAUUUGAGUGGCAAGAACGGUCAAACGGGAACUAUAGAAGUAAAACAUUUGGGGGCAGUAGUGACUCUGAGUCUGAUGAAGAAUCCUUUACUGUAGGAUCGUCUUCUGAUAGAAGAGUUCUCGGUCUGCCCCUAACUGGCCCUUUGAAAUUAGAAGAUGUUAAAAAGGCUUUCCGUUUAUCUGCUUUAAAAUGGCAUCCGGAUAAGCAUCAAGGCCCUUCACAGGCAAUGGCUGAAGAGAAAUUCAAGCAUUGCGCUGACGCAUACAAAUCUUUGUGCAAGGUGCUAUCCCCAGCUUGAAGCAGCUGUAGUUUUGAGCUUAGUAAUGGAUGGACUUCUAACAAGGUAAUGGAUGGACUUCUAACAAGGUAAUGGAUGGACUUCUAACAAAGAAGGCUGGUGCAACUAAUUUUAUAUGUGGUCUUAACAAAUCUUCAUUCUUUUUACAAUAAAUAAUGAAUUAUUCAUCAGACGGUCGAAAUUUCGUCGGAUAGUUUAGUUUAGUUUUUAUAGAGAAGGAAAGUGUUAUCCGCUGAAAUCUUUACUGCAAGCUAAACUGUUCAAGUUUAUACCUACCACAUCAUUCACUCUCUCAUUAGAGCUUUUCCCUCAUAUGAUUGUAAAGAAUUACACAAAUAAAGUGUAUCUAUUUGGAAAGUAAA